AUGGUUAUGAAGAUACGGUAUACUCGAUAGUUUUUUCUUCUGAUGGAAAAAUUCUUUUAUCUUCAGGUUACCAUGAUAAAACUAUAAGAUUAUGGGAUGUAAAUUAAGAGGCUUACUUACUAAGAUUAGAUUCUAAACAUGGUGCAGUUUGGUAAUUAGCAGUUUCUCCAGAUGGAUACCUAUGGACUUCUGCACAGAAAUAAGAUGGAGUAAUUAUGCUUUGGAAAAUAUACUGUAGCAUUUUCACCUAACGGUAAUAUAUUAGCAUCUGGAGGAGAUGAUAAAUUAAUCUUUUUAUAUGAUGUGGUAUCUUUGGAGGAUAUUGGUUCCCUUAAUGGGCACGAAGGUUAGAUCAGAGAUCUUGUAUUUUCAUCAACUAUGAAUCUAUUGGCUUCAGAAGGCUAAGAUGAAAUAACCCGAAUAUAGGAUAUUUAAGAAAAAAAAAAUGAUUAAAAAAUUAUAAGGUCAUACAGAUUGCAUUUAUUCACUUUCAUUUCAUCCAAAUAAAAAUAUCUUGGCAUCUGGAAGUUAAGAUGA